CGGUGUUAUUAGUGGAUGCUGAUUUUCUGCAUCAACGCUUUGGGUAGAUUUUGACGACGGUGAUAUUUUUUUGACCUUUGGCCAGUUACGUGAUCGCCAUGUUUAAAACGCACACACAAAAAGGUUUUGUACUUUGGUCCCCGAUCGCUUCACUGAAACGACAAGAUGAAGUUUUUGGAUCUUUUUGGAAGAUUAAAGUCUGUGGUUAUUGGAAUGAUCCAUGUCAAAGCAUUACCAGGCACCCCCCUGGGUUGUAUGAAAAUGUCACAGAUCAUUGAGGAGGCGUGCAGGGAGGCAUCAAUCUACCGUGAUGCAGGGAUUGAUGGUCUGAUCAUUGAGAACAUGCACGACAUCCCUUACUCAUUCUCAUUGGGCCCUGAGGUGUGCGCAUGUAUGACUGCCGUGUGCACUGCUGUGAGAAGCGUCUGUCCGAGCAUGCCGCUCGGAGUCCAAAUUCUGUCUUCUGCCAACCAGCAGGCAUUGGCCGUAGCUCUGGCUUCAGGUAUGGAUUUCAUCAGGGCGGAGGGUUUUGUCUUUUCUCAUGUGGCUGAUGAGGGCCUCUUGAAUGCUUGUGCUGGAGAGUUACUGAGGUACCGCAAACAGAUCGGAGCUGAGCAUGUGCAGAUCUUCACUGACAUCAAAAAGAAGCACAGCUCCCAUGCCCUGACGUCAGAUGUGAGCAUUGAGGAGACGGCCCGUGCUGCAGAGUUCUUCCUCUCUGAUGGACUCAUCAUCACAGGAGUGGCCACUGGUGCAGAGGCUGACCCAUGUGAGCUCAAAGCGGUUUCCCAGUCUGUGAGAAUCCCAGUGCUGAUUGGCUCUGGAGUCACCUAUGACAACAUGGAACGCUAUCUUGAUGCAAAUGGGAUGAUCAUCGGUUCUCAUUUCAAGGAGAGUGGCCACUGGGCCAAUGCAGUCAACCCAGAGCAAGUGAACAGGUUCAUGGGAAAGAUUCGUCACCUUCGAAAAUGACCUAUUAAUAAUGAUCAAUUAGAUUUUCAAGUCUUAAAAGGUUUUCACUUUACUUAAAAAACCUCAGAGAUACUACAGGUCUUAAAUGUAAUAGUCAAAGAAGCUUAAAUCUUCACUGCUGUAGAAAGUUACAUUAGUAAUGAAGCUCAGUGUCCAUUUUCUGCACACAGGUCACAUCAAUUCAUUCAUUAUUUUAUUAGGAAUAGUGAUUUGAUGCAGCUUGAAUAUACUGAUAAAUUUACAGGUAAAUGUCAAUACAUGACUGUUUCUUUGUAUUUUUAAAAAGAAAAUCAUAAAUUGAGUUUGAAGAGACCUGUGCAUGUUUGUACUGCCAUAAUAAACAGAAACCAGCUUAAGAAAACAAGA